AUGCAGCGCUACAAGGUGCAUCCGGCCAAGUGGCUCCACAAACUCCCCGACAAUAUCAGCUUCGUCGAAGGCGCCCUGCUCGAGCCGCUGUCCGUCGUCAUGCGCGGCAUGCAAGUCGCCCAGCUGCAACUCGGCCGCGGCGCGGUAAUCUGCGGCGCUGGUCCUAUUGGAUUGAUCGCUCUGGCGGCGGCGCGCGCGUCCGGUGCGCAUCCCAUCGUGGUGACGGAUCUCGACCCCGGGCGGCUGGCCUUUGCCAAGGAGUUCGUCCCCAGCUGCAUCACAUACCAGGUUGACCGGACGCGGGAUGCGGAGGGGAACGCGCGGGCCAUUCGCGCGCUGUUCGGGACGGAGGAGUACGUGCAGCCGGAGACGGUGCUGGAGUGCACGGGGGUGGAGAGCAGCGUGGUGACGGCGUGCUUUACAGCGCGGCGGGGUGGAAAUGUCGUCGUGAUUGGGGUUGGCAAGGCGGUUAUGAACAACUUGCCUUUUAUGCAUAUUUCGAUGGCAGAGAUCGACCUACGGUUCAUCAACCGCUACCGCGACACCUGGCCCCCAGCGAUUGCGUGCCUCAGCGGAGGCAUUCUGGAUCUGAAGAAGCUGGUCUCGCACACUUUUCCGCUGGAAAAGGCCAUGGACGCGCUGCAUCUUUGUGCGGACCCGUCCCAGAGGAGUAUCAAGGUUACCGUCGUGGACGAUGUGGAUGCCAGCAUAUAA